UUAAUUUUUUUUCAUUUCACCUUUACAGUAUGAGUUGUUGAGUGUUAGGGCAUUGUACACAAGAAAAAAAGAUAAGCAUAAUUACUCAAGAUGUUGAAUCAUCUUUGUAGACAUGUUUGGUCACGGGCCAUCCCUUUUCCAAAGAUUUCCGGAAUGCAGCUCAGUAAUUUCUCAUCACUCCCUGAGACACAUGAAAUGUUGAGGAAAACUUGUCGUGAUUUUGCUGAUGCUGAAUUGAAACCAAUCGCCUCCAAAAUAGAUAAAGAACACCUUUAUCCCCAUAAACAAAUUGAGCUGAUGGGGGCUUUAGGGCUGAUGGGCAUAGCAGUUCCAGAAGAGUUUGGUGGAGCUGGUCUAGACUACUUGGCCUAUUCUGUUGCCCUGGAAGAAAUAAGUCGUGGCUGUGCCAGUGCUGGUGUUAUUAUGAGUGUCAAUAACAGCCUUUACUCAGGCCCUAUUGAUAAAUUUGGAACUGCUGAACAGAAGAACCAAUUUUUGCCAACUUUUAUGACUGGCCAUAAGGUUGGCUGUUUUGCCUUAUCUGAACCUGGUAAUGGAAGUGAUGCAGGUGCAGCUUCUACUGUGGCUGUGGACCGAGGCAGUGAUUACUGCUUGACUGGCACUAAGGCAUGGAUUACUAAUGGUUAUGAAGCAGAGGCAGCUGUAGUUUUUGCCACCACAGAUAAAUCAAAAAAGCAUCAAGGCAUCAGUGCAUUCAUUGUGCCAAAACCAUGUGAUGGAUUAUCGUUAGGCAAGAAGGAAGAUAAGCUUGGCAUCAGAGGAUCUUCCACAGUUAACCUGAUAUUCGACGACUGCCCAGUGCCGCGUGCCAACCUGCUUGGAGAGCCAGGAAUGGGUUUCAAAAUCGCCAUGAUGACACUUGAUGCUGGCCGGAUCGGCAUUGCGAGCCAAGCCUUGGGAAUCGCACAGGCUGCAUUCGAGUGCGCUCUGGACUACGCGGAUAAGAGACAGGCAUUCGGCGCUCCAAUCCUGAAGCUACAGUCGAUCCAGAACAAGAUAGCCGAGAUGGCCCUCAGAAUAGAGUCAGCCCGCCUGCUAACACACCGCGCUGCUGCCCUCAAGGAUGAGGGGAAACCCUACACCAAGGAGGCAGCGAUGGCGAAGCUGCACGCGUCGGAGACGGCGACGUACGUGAGCCACCAAGCCAUACAGGUGUUGGGCGGGAUGGGCUACGUCUCUGACAUGCCCGCCGAGCGCCACUACAGAGACGCGCGCAUCACAGAGAUCUACGAGGGCACGUCCGAGAUACAGAGACUGGUCAUUGCCAAUGCAGUCAUCAAGGAAUUCAAGUCCAUGGUCAUGUAAAUGCAUACCCCUAGGCUAUGGAAGGGUCUGGUUUAUAUUUAUUGUAUAAAUAAAAGUGUUAGCUCCAUAUUCCGUUGAAUUGUGUAUUGUUGUUCUGGGUAAAAUUAUAUUCGGAAAUUUUCAUGCUUAUUUCAGCCUCCUUAUAUCGAUUCAUAUUAAUGAUGAAAGUCAAAAUUUAUUAUAACAUUUAUUCUG